GAGAAACAACUUCCGGUUUGGGCCUGUUCGGCGUAGAAAGAGCGCGAGGCUGAGUUCUCGCGGUGGCGGUCGUCAUGGCAGCGGCUGCGGCGGGGCCUGGCUCCGGCGACGCGGGCUCUGCCUCAGCGGGCGACGAAGGCGGCGGGGAGCGAGGGAGCCCCCUCGGCUCGGAGCCGCGGCGCCAGGGACCGGGGGGGCGGGAGGAGGACCAGGCGCCCGCGCAGCCCCAGCCCCCGCCCCCGCCGGGCCUGGCCAGCCCCGGCCUGCCGCCUUCCUCGCCGGCCCCUCGGGAGGCCGAGGUCACGGUGGAGAUCGGGGAGACCUACCUCUGCCGGAGGGCCGACGGCACGUGGCACUCUGCAGAAGUGAUCCAGUCUCGAAUCAAUGAACAAGAAGCCAGGGAGGAGUUUUAUGUGCACUAUGUUGGAUUCAACCGGCGCUUGGAUGAGUGGGUGGACAAAAACCGCCUGGCCCUCACCAAGACAGUCAAAGAUGCGGUGCAGAAGAACACUGAUCAGUACAUGAAUGAAUUGUCUGAGCAGCCAGAGCGCAAGAUCACUCGCAACCAAAAGCGCAAACAUGAUGAAAUCAACCAUGUGCAAAAGACUUAUGCUGAAAUGGAUCCCACUACAGCAGCUUUGGAGAAGGAACAUGAAGCAAUCACCAAGGUGAAAUAUGUGGACAAGAUCCAUAUUGGAAACUAUGAGAUUGAUGCAUGGUAUUUCUCACCAUUCCCAGAAGACUACGGAAAGCAGCCCAAGCUAUGGAUCUGCGAGUACUGCCUCAAGUACAUGAAGUUUGAGAAGACUUACCGCUACCAUCUUGGUCAGUGUCAAUGGCGGCAACCACCAGGGAAGGAGAUCUACCGGAAGAACAAUAUUUCAGUGUAUGAGGUAGAUGGCAAAGACCACAAGAUUUACUGCCAGAAUUUAUGUCUCUUGGCCAAACUUUUCCUAGACCAUAAGACCCUCUACUUUGAUGUGGAGCCCUUCAUUUUCUACAUCCUUACUGAGGUCGACAGGCAAGGGGCCCAUAUUGUGGGCUACUUCUCCAAGGAGAAAGAGUCACCAGAUGGCAACAAUGUGGCCUGCAUCCUCACCUUGCCACCAUACCAGAGGCGUGGUUACGGAAAGUUCCUCAUUGCUUUCAGCUAUGAACUCUCCAAGUUGGAAAGCACAGUGGGCUCCCCAGAGAAGCCCCUCUCGGAUCUGGGCAAGCUGAGCUACCGUAGCUAUUGGUCGUGGGUGUUGCUGGAGAUCCUCCGGGAUUUCCGGGGGACACUCUCCAUCAAAGAUCUCAGCCAGAUGACAAGCAUCACACAAAAUGACAUCAUCAGUACUCUUCAGUCACUGAACAUGGUCAAGUAUUGGAAGGGGCAGCAUGUCAUAUGUGUCACCCCCAAACUGGUUGAGGAGCACCUCAAAAGUGCCCAGUACAAGAAGCCUCCCAUCACAGUGGAUUCCCUCUGCCUCAGAUGGGCACCUCCCAAACACAAACAGGCCAAGAUUUCCAAGAAGUGAACAAGAAACUGAUCUGAUAAAUGGAAGGGGCUCAACCCCAGUACACACCAACCAUUCAUGUUAAGAGAUGAUCUCAUGCUAAACAUCUGUGUUGGUCUUGCAUUGAUCCGACAUCAGUGGAUGGGCUGAUGCGGAGAGGAGGGGCUCUUGUCUGGUUCUGUAAUAGCCCAGCUUGCGUGCUGUGCCCUGCUUCCUCCUGUUAUGAUGAGUAUCCUAACACUGUUGAAAGCUAGAUGGGUUUUUCCCUGCUUAGGGCUUGAAAGUCUGUUUUAAAGUCUUACUGACCUCCUCAGAAGGAUGCAGGAAGCCUGGGUCACUUGGCCUGAACAGUCUUUUAGUUUGGCCAGUGAGGUCUUCAUCAGUCUCUCUCUCUCAUUCAUGCAAGUGGUAGCAACUUAGGAAAGAAAACUGAUCGUAAUUGCAAUGUAGUUUGUUUUGCCUUUCACAGUCAGUUUUAAGGACAGUGCCAACUUCAAGGACUUGUUGGAACUAGACAUUUGUGGACUCCAGAUCUUUUCCAGUUCAACAGACUGUACCAGUUAGUAGGAGACUCCAAACAUGGGUUCUACAACCCCAUCAAAGAGACUGUCCUCCAGCUGCACAGUGUGAUCUGUAGCUACUGUUCUAAAGAGAUCUCGCCUAUGGGGCCACCUUAGUUGUUCAGGGUGGUGGCAAAGAACCAAAACAAAUGUUAAAAUACAGGGGAUUGGAAGGGAGGGAAACUGACUAUGAUUUGAAUGCUUUUUAAGUGAGUUUGGAAGAAACUAUGCAGUGAACUGUUGAGGUUUUUUUUUUUAACUUUCUAUUGUGUAAGCUGUAUUAGCUUGGGAUAAAAUUAAAAUGGGCUUUCUGGGGGGAGAAACUUGACAGUCUCUUGAGCACAAUGGAAGCUAGAGGGAGAUGGCCACUAGUCCUCAUACAGUCAUCUUUUACUAAGAUGCUUGCAUACCUUCUACCCUGGGCAGCCAGUAGUGAUGAAAAGCAGUUGGAUACGGUGGGAAGAAAUAAAUAUCCAUUUGCUACUCUUAGUACAGCUGUUAAGAUUCAUAUUUCAUGUAUACAGUGUGUCUUCUAUUACUUAAAGUAUUUUAAUUAAUAAAACCACAAAACAAGUGCAAUAUCACUCUGUAUUUGCUUAUGUGGGUAAUAAAGUCCUACAAGAUUGGCAUGGUGAAAAGUUGGAUUGCCAAACUCCACUGAACCCUAUCAUAAUUAGUGCGGUUUUUGUUGUGCUAGUAAAGUCUUUUGCCAAGGAAAAUUCUGCCUUAACUGCACCUUCACAACAUAGUUUUUUCUUUUUAAAAAAUGUAUUUUAUUCUUUUAAUAACUAUCUGUUUUAAUAUUGUAAUAAGUUAAUUCCUUUUUAAUGUCCUUUUUCUGUGUUUUUAACUGUACUGUUUUUCAAUGUUGUGAAGCUGCUCUGAGUCCCAGUACUGGGAAAAGAGUGGGAUAAUAACAACAACAAUAACAAUUUUUAAAAAACCAAGCUCCACUCAAACCCUGUGUAACACACAAGUAGAUAAAAAGUGGUUCAACGAUA